CCGGCAUGGUGCAGCGCGGCACACGGGGCCGGGGCGCGGAGGCUCGGCGGGAGCCCUGCGCCCCGUUGCCCACCCGCGAUGCCGAACCCGCCUGGUGCAAGACGCCGAGCGGGCACAUCAAGCGGCCGAUGAACGCCUUCAUGGUGUGGUCGCAGCACGAGCGCCGCAAGAUCAUGGACCAGUGGCCCGACAUGCACAACGCCGAGAUCUCCAAGCGCCUGGGCCGGCGCUGGCAGCUCCUCCACGACUCCGAGAAGAUCCCCUUUGUCAAGGAGGCUGAGCGCCUGCGCCUCAAGCACAUGGCUGACUACCCCGACUACAAGUACCGGCCUCGGAAAAAGGGCAAGGUGGGCACCGGCACGUCCCGCCCGCGGCUCCCGGUGAAGAUCAAGCCUUCCGUGCUUGGCCGUGUCUCCGCUGGCCGCAGGCAGCCCGCCAAGCCGCCCGCCAGCCCUGACACCCCUCAGGAGCCCACGCCGGAGGUGCCCGCUGAGGACUGCCCCACGGCGCCCGGCAUGGCUGCCUGGCACACGGCACCCGACGGGGAAUGUGGCCCCCAGGAGCCCCCCAGGCCCCCGAGCCCUGCUGCUGCCUGCCCCGAACCAGGGAGGUCCCCAGAGAGCGGGUCCCCCUCUCCCAUGUCAGCCGGGUCCCCUCCCUCCUCCUUCAGCUCCUCUGAUGAGGAGCUGGAGGAAGAGCUGCUGGGGGUCCUGCCCGGGCGGGCCCCCACCGGUGCCCCCUGCGGUGCCCUGGACUGGUCUGUCUUCGACAAGGACCACGACCUCUUCCCGCGGGGAGGCUCCUCACACUUCGAAUUCCCGGACUAUUGCACGCCCGAGGUGACGGAGAUGAUAGCAGGGGACUGGCUCAUGUCCAGCAUCUCAGACUUGGUCUUUACCUACUGAGUCCCGCGCUCUGCAGGUAACGCUCCUUUUUUUUUCCACAAUCAGGUCGUAUCAAAAAAAAAAAAAAUCUCUGAAAAAAAAAAGAAAAGAACCGAAACCAGCUGUUUACAUGCAGGAAUCAGGUAUUUUGCCUUGAAGCCGCUGGAAGGCAGAGCUCCCUGCUCACCCCAUCCCCCUAGCACACACCCACUCCUCAUCCGUCCGUCUGUCCUGCUCCGCCUCGCAACCGCGGGAUGCGUGGCUGGCCGCCGCGGUUAUUUGCCCGUGAAAUGUGAGCGUCUAAUCGGGUUUUUAUUGUCAGCAGCACCCGGCCCCUUCCCCUGCGGCUCCAGCUACCGCAGCGCUGCUGGCCGUGGCUGCUCCCAGCCACUCCUAUCCCCACUGGCCGCUGCCCCAUGUUCCCUCCCGCUCUCUGGGCAGUGGAAGCACCCACACCAGCCCCAGCUCUCAGUGCCCAUUCUGCCCUCCCUGUUCCUUGGGGAAUGGCUGAUUCCUUUUGCUUUUUGACUGCAUUUAAAGCACGUCUUCAAUUUUCUCCUCUUCCUUGUUGCAGCCCUUGGGGAGGGGUCCCCAGCCAGCUGCACCACAUCUGGGGGCGGCAGAGCAAUGCAGAGCCCUUCCUGCCCGAUGCCCCAUUUCAUGGUGGUCCCCAGCUUUGGGGAUUCAGUGUCCCAUAGGGCCGGCUCUUUCCUUCCACUUUCCCCGUGGCGCGCACGCUCCCCGCCACUGACUUUGGGAAGAGCGAAGUUGUGCGCACGUGAUUCGCACGUGGAUGCGGGAGGCUGUGUUGUUCCUCUCGCCAGGCAGUUGUGCAGAGGAGGCUGUGCCAUGGGGGGAGCCUGUGCCCGGAGCCACCCCGAACCCCAGCGGGGAAAGAGCCCUUUCUGGAGCAGCCAGCCCCCAUUUUAUCCUUGGAUCUGGUGCCCGUGCAGGACCCGCUCUGGGCUGGCUCGCCUUGGCUGGCGGAGCCACAUCCCAUGGUGCCUGGCAGCAGUGGGUGAUGCCGCCGGGGUGGCAGGGAGCAGGCAGGGCAGGGUGACUGGGAAGGGAUGCUGUGGGAAAUCUGCCUUAAGCAACAACUCAAACGGCGUUGAGAGCAGCGGCCACAGCUGACAGCGGUGGGUGCGUGGGGUGUGGGUGACGCUCCAGCGCAGUGCUCCUCCAUGCAGCACCACGCCGUGCCCCGCUGCUGGCUCUGCCAAGAGCAGGGGCAUCCUGGCAGAGCGCUGCAAAGGAGCUUCCCAGCAGGGAAGGUCCUGCCGCAGUGGCUCCUCCAGCCGGGUUUUUCUUUGCUUUUCCUAAUGGCUCCUUCCUGCAACGAGCUGCCUCCUCCUGCUGCCAGGGAGCACGUGGUUGCAGCGCCAGCUCGGCACCCGCCACAGGCUGUGUUUGUGGGGCAGGGGCUGCGCUCAGGUACGGCUGUGCUGUGUGGGGUGCUGGGAGGGUCCCCAGCCACCCUGAGCUGCCAGCCCUGGGGCCGUGGCAGGGGCUGGCAGCGCCUGGAGGAGCCGUACUGGGCUUGGCAGGGACCGCUGCUUGAAGCAGCCUCUGAGGUUUCCCUAUGCCCCCAAUUCCCCAGGGGCUCUGGGUGUGUGGGAGCCCCUCUGACCCUUCCCGGGCAGUGGGGUGCUGGGGGCAGUGGGGCACCGGCUCCCUGGGGCUCUGCCUCCCUGUUUUGGGGCUGCCGGUUCCUCCGGUCGCAGGCUGCCCGUUGCUGUGGGGCUGGACAGAGCUGUGACCAGGGGAAGGGCAUGCCCCCACCAGGUCCUGGCAUCCCCCCAGGGCGACUCGGGUGGAGGGGACAUGCCUGGCCCUGCUGCCAGAAGUGCCAGUGGCCCCAGCUCAGCUGUGGGGACAGGCACUGUGGCGCAGGGAGAGGUGUGUCCCCAGGCCCUUUGCAGGGAUGCUUGGUGUCCCCCAGCUCUGUUCUGGGUGGCCUCGAGGUGCCUCCCUGAAGGCCAGCCAUCAGCAUUGUAGAUGUGUCGGUGUGUAGCGGUAGCUGUGCGUGUGUGUGUCGGCAUUGCGUUAGCCGCGGUGUUUCGGUAGCCCCGGUGCGGGUGCCAGCCUGCGGAGGCAGGCGGGUGUCACGCAUCAGACACGUGUUCCCCGUAUAGAGCGCGUCCCCGUCCCUGCCCCCCCCCAGGCCAUUCCCCACCAGACCCAGCCCCAAGCUGGAAAAGCCAAAUAAGCGCCGGGCCAGUUGCGACGCCAGCAGCCUGCUCCCACCUCGCCGCCACCUGGGGGGCUCUGCCUUCCCACCCCUGGGCAGCCCCAUGCCAGGAGCACCCCAAGCCCCCUCCCAUGCGUGAGCCGGGCUCGGGGUUCCCGUGCGGUCCUGCAGCCCCGGGGGUGCCUGACGCGCACAGAUCUCGCCCAGCACCUUGGUGCCUUCUCAGGGCAUGUGGCUGCCACGUGCCGUGCAUCACCCAUGGGCCAGGGUGCUCCCUCCAUGGACUGUCAGGCGAAAUAUUUCCUCAGGAGCAGGUUCUGGGUCAGCACCAGAACCGGAGCCAGAGCCGGGGCCCCCCCCAACCCUGGCCGCAAGCACAACACCAUCCGCUUCGUCCUCGUUCCCCACCCCAUCCCUGUCCCCCUCUUGCCCCCUCCUUGAGACUCGCUGGGUGUGUUUGUCGGGGGAGAACCGUUGUGGACAGUGGUGAAUUUUCUGUGCUGUGUGGUUGUAGUGCUUAGAGACCCCCCCCAGCGUGUGGUCCCCUCCCGCUGCGCCCCCCGCCUCCCCGCUGCCCGGUGCUGGCUGGCAUGCGUGUGCGAGCGUGUGUGCGUGCGCGUGCGACAUCCCGUCAUCACUAGAGACAAAGUGAAUAAUAAUAAUAAUAAAUGAAUAAUAAAAAUAAACCAAACCUCUCUCAGGAAGAAGCCGCCCCGGCGGUGGCCGAGUGGGCCAGGGGCCCCCGGAGCCGGCGGGGCCCCGGCGCAGCCUGCGGACGGGCGCCAGCGCUCGGGGUCACCUUUGUAGUGUUGUGUUAGUGAAGGGUUCCUGUAUCUGUCGUCUUGGAGAAAUAGGCUUUUAGCCGAGGGGCAGCCCCCGCCCCCAGCCCAUCCCAGGGGGUGCCACGGAUGUGGCCGGCUCCGGCUCUGCAGAAGCUCGGCUAAUGGUUAUCCUGACUGUUGUGACUAUGGAAUAAAGUGUGUUGGUCUGCUGCCCACGGCUCCAGCUCCUCCUGU